AUGUCGAUCUCGAACGAGGCCCUACAAAAGCUCGCUCACGAGAUCGAGGCGCAGGCCGCCUCUGCACAGCAACAGAUCGGCAUUACACGCAGCCAAAUCGCUAGCAAGCAGAGAGAGCAGCGUUUGGUGAAGCUCACGCUGAGUGAGCUCAGUAGCCUGCCUAAAAAGACUGUGGUAUAUGAAGGCAUAGGAAAGAUGUUUGCCGCCCUACCCUCAACUGAAAUGGCACAAAAGCUUGAGGAGCAGACGAAAGACUUAGAGCGCGAAGUAGACAAGCUCAGACAAAGACUAGUCUACCUGGAAACAACACACAAAAAUAGCCGCGAUCAUAUUGAACAGAUGCUACGCAAAGCCUGA